AAAUAAUGGUAUUAAUAAUUAAUUAUUAAAUAUAAUAAUCUUGUACAAUUACAAUGUAUUACAUAAUAAUAUGCACAAAUAAUUAACACAAUCAUAUUUAAUAUUAUAUUUAUUAUUCUAUACAUAUGUGAUUCUUGGGAAAAAUUUGUGUCAAGAAAUACUUGCGAAUUAUCGUAUAAUAAAAUUAUAUAAUAGUUAGAUAUAAUCAUAAUUUGACAUUACAGUAUAUCGUAAAGUUGAUAUUUUAAAAAUCAGCGAUGAAUAGAAAAAACUGGUUAAUAGUUGGCAUCUCAGGAGUAACAUGCAGCGGAAAAAGUACCUUAGCUAAAGAAUUACAUAAAAAGUUUGAUGAUUCUAUUGUAAUACAUCAAGAUAGUUAUUUUUUAUCUCCAGAUGAUCCAAGGCACGUUAAAAUUCCAGCAUUAAAUCAUAUUAAUUGGGAAAUUUUAUCAAGCUUGGAUAUGAACAAAAUGUAUUCGGACAUUUUAAAAUUGAUAGAGUCUAAGCCAAAAAGAUCUGAUAAAUCUGAUAAAGAGUUAAGACGAGUAUUAAUAUUAGAAGGUUUCUUAUUAUUUGGGUUUAAACCAAUUUCAAAUUUAUGCGAACUUAAAUAUUUCCUUACAUUGAACAAAGAAGAGUGUUGGAAACGUAGGAGCAUAAGAACGUAUUCUCCUGCUGAUGUUCCAGGAUAUUUUGAUGCAUUUGUUUGGCCAGAAUAUUUAAAAUAUCUAUCAGUAAUUAAACAAAAUGAUCAGGCAUCUACAGAACUAAUAUUCCUUGACGGAACAAUCGAAUCACAUGAAAUGGUUCAAAUGGUUUUAACAAAAAUUCAAGAUUUGUUAUCUUAAAAUAUUAAUAUACUAUUAUUAUUAUUCUAAACAAAUGCUUGUAAAUAGAGUUUAUUUUUUUGGAUUAUCAGCUACAACUGUUGUAUUUUAUUAUAAGGAUGGACCAAAAGAAAAAGAGAAACGAAGAACAAAUUUAUUUCUACUUACAGUUCAAAAUAGAUUAACACAAGAAUCAAUUAAAAAUCUUAAGUUUACAUUUCUAUUAUUAAGCACAAAAUUAUUUGCAUAAUAGUUUACUGUUAUCAUGUUAUUAAAGAUAUUACAUGCUUUGGUAAUUUUAUAUUUGAAACAUCUAAUAUAAAAAGACUCACUUUCAUUUUUCACUGUAAAAAAAAUAUAUUACUUACCUGAAACUUUGAAUUUGUCUAAUAUAUAAAUGUAAUAAAAGAAAUAUAAAUAAAUUUGUAAAUCGCCCAAAAAGAAAUAAUAACUAAGAUCAUACUACUAAGUACUAAUUUUGUAACACAUACUUAUACAUUUAGAAAGCUGUACUAUUUCAAUAAUUUAUUAAGUUUACUUUUAGUGUUAAAAAUGCUCAUGUAUGAAACAGCGUGUAUCCUUAUUUUUCAAAACAAUACGACCUCUCGUGGAUAACUACCACAAUAUUUUAAUCAUCUACGUAAUUUUAUUCAUAAAGCCUGCUUCAGAUGUUAAUUAUCUCAUGAUGUAUUUUAUAUGCAAAUUGAAACAAACUCAAUAAUAAUUAUGAGAUAAAGCAUAUUGGUAACUUUAUACAGAUACGUACUACACUUUUUUUUUUAUUAUCUUGCGUUUGUGUUUUUACUAUAUGUUGUUUUUAAAUUGUGAUUUUACAAAUAUGAGCGUCAAUACAACUGUUAAGAAAAAUUCUAGAAUCGAUAAACUGCGAUUAGUUUCAGCCUUAAUUUCUUAUUGUUUAGAAUUUUACUAGUUGUUAAUCGUAGUCUUGUAAUCUUUGUACAAAAUAGAUUAUUUUAGCCAAAUUUUGACAGAUUUAUAUAUUUCACCCAAAACAGGCUUCAAAAUGUACUUGUGCUUGACCUUUAACAAGACUUUUUUGUUAAUUUCCUUCUUUUUUAAUAAAGAUAAUGCACAACGACGUAUGUAUGUUACAUAGAGUAGGUGUUAUGUUUUAACUGAGCUUGACCAUUUGUGACAUUUGUGGGUCCAACUGUUUGAUCGUCUUGAUCGUUUUGACCACAAGUUUUUCGAACAUAUUGUGGCGUAAGAACAACUUCCUCUUCCAUCUCGAGCACUCGCUUAUCUAAUUCUGCACACGUUUGCAUUUCUUUCUGAAGUUUAGCUAACAUUUGUGGUGAAUUAUAUUUUUCGGGAUCAUCGUGAAAUACUACCAUACCAUCCUUCUGAUUUAUAGUCGCAAAAAUUUCUCCAUCUUCUAUCUACAAUCAAAAAGAAUUUGUUAAAUAUAUAUUAAAUAUGAAAAAAUUGUCAGUAAAAUAGAGUUUACCAUAUUUAAAAUAUAUUUCUCUGCUUCCGAAGGGCCAGCCAGUUGAACUCUGCUUGCAACAUCGCUUAAACUAAGUGUCAAGAAAGUUUUCGUCAGCCUCUGUAUAUUUUUUUUGUACAAAUAGCUGAGCACUUGCUUAACUAAUCCCGAAUUGUGCUCUCUUACAAAAAGUUCUUGGUAUUUUCUAAUAACGGUCAGCACUUCUUCACAAUUAUUUGUCAAGUAAGCUGUUGCUAAUUCUUGAUAUGGUAGACUUAAUGGUUUUAUGUACCUAUUUACUACCUGACUCGUGUACCUAGGUAAAUUUAAGAUCUUUCCAUGUAAUAUUAAAGAGACCAGAAUAUAUUUCUUAUAGGCCUCUAACAUAAUAUGACUGACAGCCAUAGCAGGAGUCGUUACACACACUUCAAAGAAAUAUAAUGCACGAUCAUAAUUUUUUAGUGCUGUAUAUAUCAUACCACCAUAAUAAUAAUAAAGUAAAAAAAACUUUGAGUCAAACUGUGCACCUUCCUGGCUAAUACCAGUAACAUCAACAUCAAGAAACUCAAGCGCUGGUUUAAAACACUUAGACAGAAGGCAUAAUUGGCAGAGAUCAGCAUGUAUCGAAGUUAGCUGACUAUCAAACAAUUGGAUCUUACGUAUAGCUCUACGCAGUAAUUCUAUACCACGUAACGGCACUUGCAAUUCAACUAGAGUUUGAGUGAGUAAAUGACAUAGUUCUGCAUCUACAAGAUAUUCGAUUUUAAUAAAAAUUUUGUAUUUAAAAAAAACUAUACAAUUAAUAUAAAGAUUGUAAAACAAAAUAAGCUUACAUGUAUCUGGUGCAAAUUGAACUUGUUUACUGUUGCACCCUAUGAAAAAUUCUUGAACCUGAUUAAAUAAUGGCUUAUAUGCAUCAGGAUUAUUGGUACUACUGGGAUUAGGCAAUGAAAAUUUAAUGCACAAUACUGCCAAAAUUCCAAGGGAGUGUUGUUGCAAGUCCAACGUUUCCAAAACAUUAUCUAGGUGUUGUCCAUUUUUCAUUAGUGCGUCAAUAUUCUUAUUUAUAAUCUCAUAUAAUUCUCGGAAGUUACCUAUAGUUA